UUUCCUAUAAUACACCUGGACCCUUCUGAUGCGCUUGCAGCCUGCAUAACUGCGAAGGAAGCCGGUCUCUUGGAGCCACAAGACCCACCAGAUCAGAAAGUCAACUACGGUGUCUUACUCCUGCAGGCAAUAUUCGAGCACUGGCCCAAGGCUGCUGUCUGCAAUGAUGUCGACGGUUAG